AUGCCGAUUAUCGACCAAGUGCUCGAGGGCGCUGCCCUACUAGCCAGACAGGCCUCGUCGACUGUCGCCACGGCCGUCACAUCUGCCGCGACUGGCACAACGGGAGCCAUUGCGUCCGCUCCCACGAACACUGCAUCUCUUCCCGGAGCCUCGGGUGCCCCGGCGACUACCACAAAUCCUGCACCUGCCGGCACGAGUGGUCCUCCCCCGAGCGCCACGACCACGAGCGGUGGUGGUGGUGGCGGCGGAGGCGGCGGCAGCUCGCCCCUGCUGUUUUUCGUGGCCCUGGGAUUUGGUGUCGUGUUCACCAACCUGUGGAUUAUCGUUGGUGUCAAGUACUGCUUCCGCUAUAAUGCCCGCGCUCGCCAGCUGCGCCUGGCCGCCGAAGACGGCGAGCCAAUAAACCUCGAGAAUAUACCACAUCCCCGCCGCCGCCGCAGAGAAAAGAAGCUCAUGACCAUCGACGAGGUCAACGAAAAGUUCCCCAUGUUGAAGUACAAGACGUGGGUCGCUACGCGUGCCGAGGAGGGUCUGCCAACGACUGGUGGUAUCGACGCCCCCAGCCGGGCCAACAGCGUACGGUCCGCCGAGGGUGUGAUUGCUUCUGUGGACGAGACCGAACGCCGGAAACGACGCGCCUCCACGGACGAGCCUGAGGACUCCAAUGACAAGGAACGUCCCCCCACCUCGAUUGCGGAAGCCGGCACCUCGGUGCACGAUUCGACGACGGCUGACGGUGCCGCUGCCGCUGCCGCUUCUGCUACGACGGAUGCUGCACCCGGUGCACCGAGCACGUCGACCGCCCCGAAAUCUACCACGAUGGAUAUUACUCGCGCCUCGCUCGCGUCGGCUGACGGCGACGUCGGACUGGGCGUCUACAACAAGGAUUCCCUGCCAGAGCACUACAACCACUCGGAUGACGAAGACGACGAGCAUAUCGACUCCGCCCUUCCGCCUGAGUGUGUGGGCACCUCGGGCGAUACGUGUGCUAUCUGCAUCGACACGCUCGAGGACGACGACGACGUGCGCGGUCUGACCUGUGGCCACGCCUUCCACGCUGUCUGUCUCGAUCCCUGGCUGACAAGCCGCCGCGCUUGCUGCCCGCUCUGCAAGGCCGACUACUACACGCCAAAGCCCCGCGCCCCGCCUGCUGAGGGUGCCGAUGCCGCCAAUGCCCAGGGCGCUGCUGCUGCCGCCGCCGUUACUGCUGACCGGAAUCGUGCCAACAUGCAAGCCCGGCCCGGCACCUCGUGGCGGUCGGCCAUUCUACCUUCCCGGUUCAUGCCGGGCUCCCGCAACGCCAACGCGCAAGACGCCGAGCGUGUUCCCCCCCAACGCGAGACGAACGAGCCGAACACGAAUGCCAGCGCCAACGCCAACGCAGUGCCUGCUGCCGCUGCAUCCGAGGUUCAACCUCUGCCGGAACAGCCUGCUCCGACGCAUGGUGGUUGGCUACGUUCCUUCCGCCGGCGGAACGGCGAGUCCAGCCAGGAGCAAGUGCCUGCUGCUGCAGCUGGCAAUGCCGCUGAGCCCGCGGCCCCUGCUGCGGAAGUGACGCCCUCACAGCUGGAGGCUGGUGUGCGUGCCCAGUAG